AGAGGCAAGAUGGCCGCGGCUGGGGGCGGCUCCGCGGCCGGCCCGGGCAGUCGGAGUCCUCUCCGCCUGGUGUCCUUCUGCGUCCUGCUGGCGGGUUUCUGCAGGGGCAAUUCAGUGGAGAGGAAGAUCUACAUCUCCUUAAAUAAAACAGCUCCUUGUGUCCGUCUGCUCAAUGCCACUCACCAGAUUGGCUGCCAGUCUUCCGUCAGCGGGGACACGGGGGUCAUCCACGUCGUGGAGAAGGAAGAGGACCUGCAGUGGGUGCUGACCGACGGCCCCAACCCUCCGUACGUGGUUCUGCUGGAGGGCGCGCUCUUCACCAGGAAUCUGAUGGAGAAGCUGAAAGGGAGAACCAGCCGAAUUGCUGGCCUGGCAGUGUCCGUGGCCAAACCCAGUCCCACAGCAGGCUUCUCUCCCAGUGUGCAGUGUCCUAAUGAUGGGUUUGGCGUUUACUCCAACUCCUACGGACCAGAAUUUGCUCACUGCAGAGAAAUCCAGUGGAACCCCUUGGGCGAUGGCUUGGCUUAUGAAGACUUCAGUUUCCCCAUUUUCCUUCUUGAAGAUGAGAAUGAAACCAAGGUCAUCAAGCAGUGCUACCACGAUCACAACCUGAGUCCAAAUGGCUCCGUGCCCACCUUCCCGCUGUGCGCCAUGCAACUCUUCUCCCACAUGCAUGCCGUCAUCAGCACUGUCACCUGCAUGCGGCGCAGCUCCAUCCAGAGCACCUUCAGCAUCAACCCAGAAAUCGUCUGUGACCCCCUGUCCGACUACAACGUAUGGAGCCUGCUUAAGCCUAUAAAUAUAUCUGGGGCAUUGGAGCCUGACGACAGGGUUGUGGUUGCUGCCACCCGGCUGGACAGCCGUUCCUUUUUCUGGAAUGUGGCCCCAGGGGCAGAGAGCGCCGUUGCCUCCUUCGUCACCCAGCUGGCUGCCGCUGAAGCUUUGCAGAAGGCCCCUGAUGUGGCCACCCUUCCGCGCAAUGUCAUGUUCGUCUUCUUCCAAGGGGAAACGUUUGACUACAUUGGCAGCUCAAGAAUGGUCUACGACAUGGAGAAGGGCAAGUUCCCUGUGCAGUUAGAGAACAUUGACUCAUUCGUGGAGCUGGGACAGGUGGCUUUGAGAAAUUCACUAGAGCUUUGGAUGCACACAGACCCCAUGUCUCAGAAAAACGAGUCUGUACAGAAUCAGGUGGAGGCCCUCCUGAGCACCCUGGAGAGAAGUGGUGCUGGAGUCCCUGCCGUGGAGCUCCGGAGGCUGAACCAGUCCCAGCCCCUCCCACCGUCCUCCCUGCAGCGCUUCCUUCGGGCCCGGAACAUCUCCGGCGUCGUUCUUGCGGACCACUCCACGGUCUUCCAUAACCGCUAUUACCAGAGCAUUUACGACACCGCAGAGAGCAUUAACGUGAGCUACCCGGAGUCGCAGAGCCCUGAGGAGGACCUGAACUUUGUGACAGACACUGCCAAGGCCCUGGCAGAUGUGGCCACGGUGGUGGGACGUGCCCUGUACCAGCUUGCGGGAGGAACCAACUUCAGCGACACCAUUCAGGCCGACCCCGGCACGGUCACCCGCCUGCUCUACGGCUUCCUGGUCAGAGCCAACAACUCCUGGUUCCAGUCCAUCCUCAGGCAGGACCUGCGGUCCUACUUGGGGGACGGGCCUCUGCAGCACUACAUCGCCGUCUCCAGCCCCACCAACACCACUUACGUGGUCCAGUACGCCUUGGCAAAUCUGACUGGCCAGGUGGUCGACCUCACCCGAGAGCAGUGCCAGGAUCCAAGUAAAGUUCCCAAUGAAAACAAGGACCUGUAUGAGUACGCGUGGGUCCAGGGCCCCCUGAAUUCCAACGAGACGGACCGGCUGCCCCACUGCGUGCGUUCCACAGCGCGCCUGGCCAGGGCCCUGUCCCCUGCCUUUGAACUGAGGCAGUGGGGCUCCACCGAGUACUCCACGUGGACCGAGAGCCGCUGGAAAGACAUCCGGGCCCGCAUAUUUCUGAUCGCCAGCAGAGAGCUGGAGUUCAUCACCCUGAUGGUGGGCUUCGGCAUCCUCGUCUUCUCUCUCGUCGUCACCUACUGCAUCAACGCCAAGGCUGAUGUCCUUUUCAUUGCCCCCCGGGAGCCAGGAGCUGUGUCUUACUGAAGAGGAACCCAGCUUUUCCUGCCAGCUCCCCCAUUGAGGUCCUGGAUCACUUGUCCCAUGGGGACAUAGCCAGUAGUUUGUCACCAGAGCCUCCGUGGGCCUGCUCAGCCUGCAGUCAAUGUAAAGAAGUGGAAUUGCCCAAAAGAGAUGGGGAGGGAGAAACAAGUCACCUGUCCUCUCCGGCUCCCCCUUCCCGGUUCCCCUGGGUCCCACCCCCGCCAGGAUCUGGGAUGGCAGAGAAGCUUCUUGCUCCUGUUGGACUGCUAGCUGCACACCCUGACGACCUCCUUACGGCCCCUCUUCUGCCCUUUCCAUCCUGCCCAGGACCGCCCCCUGCUCCCCACCCUACCCUGUGCCCAAGCAUUUCCUGUUUCCUGACCGGGAAGGACAGGAAGGCCGAAUGCCUGGAACAGACUCCAAGGAAGCCCUGAGGAGCAGGCCUGGCCAUCUGGGCCAUGCCCGCUGCCUCCCUCCUGCUGUCCUGUCUGCCGACCCCUAGAUGGCACAGCCGGGGGGGCGCUGCUGGGUGGGUGUCCCACCGCCUGCCCACAGUGCCCAGUUGUAAUUUUAUUAAGCUGUAAUAUCUAUUUUUGUUUUGUGUGUGUGCGCGCGCAUGUGUAUGUGUGUAAAUAUAUAAAUAGCAACUUUCAUUAAAACAGACUGUCCCACGUAA